AUGUCCACGGGCGCUGACUGGAUCUCGCAGCAUGAUUUACUCCGGACAGACUACGCCAUGCUGGCGAUGACAUCGACGGUCUUCAUCGCACGGAUCGGUGUUCAGAUUUGGCGGCGCAAACCCAUUGAAGCACAGGACAUCCUGCUUUACAUUGCAUUCGCUGCCUAUCUUGCUUUUACCAUUCUUUACAUCGUCAUUACGCCCAUAUUCUUCAGACUCCAGGCUCUCCAAGCUGGUCGCAUUGCACCAUGGCCCACCAUGAUGGAAGACAUUAUUCUCGCCGCGAAAGUCAUGUGGCAGAGCGGAAUGGAAUAUUGGACGUGUCUUUGGUUUGUUAAGUUCUCACUAUUGGCACUAUACAAGAAGCUGUUGUCUGGAAUGCCCAAGAAGUACCUUUGGAUCUGGUGGUUCACCUUGAUCUUUUGCGUUGUGACAUGGGCAACGUGCAUCAUUACAGGCCCUGGUCUAGCCUGCAACGACACCAAGAGUUUCUUGGGCGAGGGCAUUCUAUGUUCAUCGCCUAGCGAAACACGCCGGCAAACUGCGAAUCUCUAUUAUGCAUACGCAGUGGAUACUGUAACCAACAUGAUGGUCAUGUUCCUACCCAUCAGGCUUAUCUGGAACCUGCAGAUGGAAAAGCCGAAGAAGAUCGGUUGCGGUCUCCUAUUCGCAUCCGGCCUUGUUUGUAUACUGUUCUCAACUAUCCGCAUUGUGCAGGUUGGCCAGAAUGGAAGGCCUCGCUCGCCAGAUCCAAAGUGGCUGACCAUGUGGACCAUCAUCGAAUGUUCGACAGCUAUCAUCAUCGGUUGCUGUCCAGGGCUCGCGUCUGCAGUACCAAAGAGCCGCUUCCGACGAACAGACAGUAUCUCCUACGACACACAGGGCUACGUUCGACAAUCGCCUAAUCGAUCCAGUGGAAACGCGCCGAAGAGUCAUGGCUUGAGGAAUAUGCUCGGUUCCAGAAAUCGCGACAAGAACAGCGAGAAGAUGUCAGGAGACAUUAGUAUGUCGAGGACUGGGCAUGAGAGUGAGGAACAGCUUCCAGAACGCAGAACAACAGGCUCCGGUGUUCUUAUCACAGAUGAACUACGCGAGCAACAGAGACUUCGGAUGGAGGAAGAUGAGCGCAUGGAAGAGGCACGCCUCAAGUUUGAGCAGUCGCAUGCGUGA